GAAAGUGCGUGCUGCAGUGUUGUCGAACAGGAAUUAUGUUGCAGGAAGAGUGAUGAGUAGUAACGUAGUAGACACGGUGGAAAGCGGUUUGAGUCUGUGCCGAGUGAGUGGCGCGGAUCAAACGCUCGAUACGCGACACGCGCUUCGAGAUCCUACCUUACGGUGGAUCGAAUCGGUUCCUUCCCGUCCCAAUCGAGGAUGAAUGAGCGAGGAAUCGUAACAGCCUAGUGUAUCGCAGCUGUCCGCUCGGGCAGCGUCUUUGUCCCUGUUGCUUGUCCAGCGGGGAGGAUUCAUCGGAGCGAGGAAACUGAUUUCUGUAACUCUAUCGCUUUCGCGCGACGGCGAGUUUACGCGAAAAGAGAAAAACACCGCGGUGGAUACUUGUUGAACCGAGACUGUCGAAAUCGUGGCCGUAAAUAAAUUCUCGGCAAGCAGAGAGGUGAAUAGGAAGGGAGAAAGAGGAGACAGAGAGAGGAUCCGUGGUGGAAGGAAAGCACGAGGUGCACGUCCGAGAGAAGUACGCGAAGUGGUACACGAAAUAACGUCGCGAUUAGGCGCCAAUGACGUCAGGCAAGAAUCGUGGAGCCGUGUAAGCGCAAGGGGAAUUCGUUUGUGGAGUUUGCGGUGCGUUUACCGACACGAUGUCGUCGAUGUGUUGGUGAUAUUACUGCUGGCGAUAGUAAUCGUAGUAGUAACAACAGCAGUAUCUGUCAGAGUAGUAUUGGUGGUGGCAAGAGUCGUGUAGUGGUCUCGGUAUCAGUGUUGCCGAACAACGAGUGGUGGGGCUAAAGGAGAACCCGUGUGGAAUUGCUGCGUGGUCCGUCGUGGUAGCCAAUUAUAUUUUCUACGUGUGUGCUACGCGGGCAAUGACUAACUGCUCGCCGUUAAGUGUGUUAGUAGGAGAUAUCGUCGACGGACCCGUUUCUGCGUUGGUGUUGCCGUCUACGUCAGCACCGGUCGGACGGGAUUUGCAUAGCAAACAGAUUGACGCGCUGGUAAGUGGAUAACGAGAGAGGAGUCGCGACUCUGUGUCCCACCGCGUACCAAAGAGAAAAGGAUAGUGCGUGUAUAAGUUUCUCUGUGUUGCUCUCGUGCUUCUGUAAGAAAGAAAGAGCGAGGAGAGCAGAGCCAAGAGACGCAGACGACGGGGCAAGUGUGGAGCUUAAAAUAGAAGAGUGACUUCGGCUUAAGUACGCGCCAGGGGGACGGGCAAAUAAAGAGUAACCGGAGAGGGUGUCUCCUUUCCGAUUUUCUUCCAACAAAAUCAUUACUGUGCUUCUUCUGUGAUACGUUUCUAUAAUAUUAUUCGGCCGUAUCGCGCUCGUGUUCGUAUAACGAGGGAAAAGGAAAAAUACGAAAAAGAAAAAGAAAAUAGUGAGAAAGGUAUAGCGUAUGAUGCCGAGAAUAGAGUGAUACAGUGCGAAAUAACGAAUGAAGACGAAUUUCGAAAGGACGAGGAUCGGUUAUCGAAUUCCGGUAGUGAAUAUUCUGUGAUAACGUAGUGCGAGUCGAAGGGUGAUUCCCCACCCAUCUUUGUCAGCCUGACAUUUUUCGAUCUCGGUGGAGACGGCGGAUCAUUGUAACCGAGAAACUGGAGGCGUCUGCAUCUCGGUCUCUCCUAUGAUGGAUCGUGACUCGUGUUCGUAUUCCUGCGGAGGCUGCGAGAGGACCGAGGGCCGAGCUAUGCCGAUGGAGUAACAAGUGAGCGGCGAAGCGGCGUUGCCAUGACGACAGAGACUCACACUGUGGCGAUGACAGACCCACAGUUGGCGAACAACAAUAACAACAACAACAACAACAACAACAACAACAAUAACGAUGGCGAGCCAAAGUACCUGCACAAAAAGUUCAAGAAGAUGGCGACGACCGAGGUCACACCUAAGGUGGAGCCGAGGAAGGACGCGGUGGCCAGCAACGGUUCCCCGGAGCCAGCUAAAAAGAAGGAAGCGACCAAGGACUGCAGAGACUCGCCGAAGGAUCCGAUCAAGGUCGAGGUCUACCCGGAACCAGCGGACGGAGAGCCGACCGAGUCGAGGAAAAGCGGCUAUGUGUGUCCUUAUUGCAGACUGUCGUGCGCGAAACCCAGCGUGUUGCAAAAGCACAUCAGAGCUCACACGAACGAGAGGCCGUACCCCUGCGUCCCUUGCGGAUUCGCCUUCAAGACCAAGUCGAACCUCUACAAGCACUGCAGGUCUCGCGCUCACGCCCUGAAAAUGGAGGGUGGUGACGCCAGCAAGGUAUCAGAGGACUCGGACAUAAGUCUGUCGGACAGCGCGAGCAACGGUACCGGAACACCACCACCGCCUCCGUCGUCAACGCCGACGACGACCGUGUCCAGCGUGAAGACUAUCAAAACCGGGAAGAUCUACAAGCCAAAAUUCCACACCGGCCUGCAAAGCGUGAAUAACGACGCGGAAGCGUGUUACCUUUCCUCCACGUCCACCAACAGCUCUUCCUCGACGAACACUAGCGCCACGCCGAAACCGAAUCCGGAGCAGGUGCAGGAGCACAUCGACAAAAUUAUAACGGACAACCAGGCGAUCGUGGAGGCGGUGGACCCACGACUGCACAAGCUGAUCCAGAGGCAGCAGAGUCUCGUGGAAACGAAGCAGUCGGACCAACCUCUGAACCUCUCCUCCGCGGAGGAGUCAUCGAGGAAGCGAUGUUACAGCGAGAGCUUCGUUCAAGAGAACAAAGAUUGCGCGAAUGGGUCAGAGGGUUCGAUAAUCAAGGAUCUCCUGUUGAAGACACAAUGCUCGGGUCAAGACAGGACGACCGAGAACGAGGGCUAUCUCUGCCCCUCUUGCAACAUCCCCUACUCGAGUAUCGAUAACCUCGAAGUCCAUCGUAGGUACUACUGCAAAGGAAGCGUGAGUCCCCGCAGGGAGUAUCAACUGGAGAUGGAGAAGAGGGAGUCCGAAUUCGAUUCCAAGUCUUCCGAUUAUUACAACACCCUGCAACCUCUACCCUCUCCUGGUCCUCUUCUGGGUAACACGAGAUUGGUCGACGCGUAUGCGCCACCUAUGAAGAAACAGAGAUCGGAAUCCGUGCCCACCACGUUACGGUCUCUCGAGGAGCUGAGCAAGUAUCCUCGACCAAACUCGUUGCAGAUGUUCGGCGGGGAGGUGAGGAUACUGGACAACACCGGUGAAACGAAGACUAUGAGGAUCGAGCCGCGGCAAACGAACUCUCCAACGAGCGAGCACAUCGUGAGCAGCAAGUGCGUGACAUCCGAGACAGCUUCGAUCGUGGUCAGGUCCGGUCUUCACUCCGGAGGCACGAUGGUGCACAAGCCACCGGGCACGCCAGCCAGCACUCCGAGUUCCUCCAUAUCUCUGCCAAACACUCCGAAAAUGUUGGCGCCGAUCAUACCGAACAUAUCAACUCCGAAUAUAGCCCCCACUAUGUCGUGCUACAAUUAUCUGGAGCCCCAUUUGAACCCCCUGACCAGUAUCACUGCCUACAACCCGCUGACUUUACCGCAACCAGGGAUCACGAAUAUCCUUCACGGUGGCAAAGUCAUACCUUAUGUUCCUGGCAUGCCCGGACCACACACUCUCGCGCCAGCCAUAGACAUAUCCACGAGUAUAGCGACCGGUGAAGCCGGGUACAAAGUGAUACCAGGCUUGCCCGGUCUGCACAUGAUCCCUCAGCCCUUGAAUCUCGCCAACUCGGUGAAGAUACAAACGCCAAGUGUACCUGGAAUUCCAGGGCCGAUGUCCAGUGCACACGUGCCUAUGAUGGGCCAGCCACUGGACCUCGCUAGCCCGGCCAAGGACUCUAAGCUCGGCUUCAAGGCUCCUUGCAACGAGGUUUUGAAGGUGGGAUUAACCAGCCCGAAAGUUCCUAGCGUGAAGAACGAGAUUUCAGCGGACAAGCUUCGAAGGCUGUCGUACACGGGGGAGAUCGCGAAGGCAGAACUGGACCGUCAUAUCAAGAAUAGCAUGGCUAUGAAGAACAAGGGCAUGGAGAGUCCCAGAGAGAGGCGGGAGUUCUCGUACGACAAGAGCCCGAAGCUAGACAAGGCCUUUGGUUACUCGAACGGGAUCGACUCGAGCGUGGUCUCCUCGAAUUCCUAUAGCAAGCUGAGAUAUUCACCGAAAGAGUCUUCCGAAAGCAGAAAGAGGCUGUCCACGUGGAGCGUGAGCGAACUGGAAACCGGCAGGACGUCGGUGGUUUCGCUGGGGCACAGUGCCGUGCCAAACUCGUCGCCGCCUCUGGAGAACGGUCGCCUGAAGGGUGCGAAUCUCAGCGAGAGCAGAGAGAAGUUGACCGAGUAUUACGGGCCGUUCAACGGAGCGAAGACGAAACCCGAUGUAGCAGCGACCUCUAUGGUGCUCGUAAACGUAGACAGCUCAAAGACAGAAGUGCCAAGCAAAUCUUCCGUAGAUUUAAUCGCGAAGGUGGACAAGCCCGAAACGAAAUCGCCGAAGAACGGUGACGCUGCUAAGGAGGAGAUCAACUCGAGCAAGUUCUUGAGGCCCACCUCGUUGCCGUUGAAGCCAGGCACGUUCACGCCGAAGAAGCAUCACGGUAUCACUCCCACGGCUAACACGCUUCCUCUCAUCAGCCCGGAAACCCCUCGGCCGAAGAAAUCCUACGGACAGCUUUAUCUGAACGGGCACGCUUAUACAUAUCUAGGCCUGAAAUGCUCGACCAGGGUGUUCUACUGCACUCUGAACAGACCACAGCCGAUGUACGUCACGCAGCAGCACGGUUUAUCCAUGUACUCGAAUUGGAAGAUAUGUAAAGAAGCACCGCCUGACGUUGAUAUGGCGCAUUACGAUUCGAGGCACAGACCGCUUAAUUAUACCACCGCCUGGAAGAAGCAGGAGGACAUUUUGACGCAUUCCUCGCAAAGACCCACCACGCCGACCAGUUCCGACAGCGGUUUGGAUAGCGAUAUGCAGGAGAAAGCGAAGAGAGUGAAGAUAUUCGACGGAGGCUUCGAGAGCAACGAGGAUUAUACUUACGUUAGGGGCAGAGGUCGAGGUCGAUACGUUUGCGAGGAAUGUGGCAUUCGUUGUAAAAAGCCAUCCAUGUUAAAGAAACAUAUCAGAACGCACACAGACGUAAGGCCGUACACCUGUAAACAUUGUGCUUUCAGCUUUAAAACCAAAGGCAACCUGACGAAGCAUAUGAAAUCGAAGGCUCAUUACAAGAAAUGCGUGGAACUGGGCGUCGUUCCGGUACCAACGACGGUCUGCGACGAAAAUAUCGACAAGGACGCCAUCGCUCGACUAGCAGCAGGUGGCAACACGGAGGAGUCGUCCGAGGAGGAGGAAGACAGCGACGGAGAGGAUAGCGAGGAGUCCGGAAGCGAGGAGCAAGAAGCUGCUCAGAGUUUGCUAAGUCUGUCUCAACGUAACACAAACAGAUUCCCGGGACUUCUACCGUCUGGAAGGCCGACCACUUACCCCUACACUCUAACUUUCCCGACAACCUCCACGUCCACGAGCGUGUCUACCGCGAUAAGCAGCGUGUCUCUGAGCAGCCAGGCUGUGACCACGCAAGAGACCACCCUCGUCCGAAACGAGUUGUCCCAUCGCUACUACUUCCUCUCGAGUCGAACCGCGCCGGAGGAGUCGAGGACGAGUGUGAUUCAGUCGUCGAAGAAGGAAAGCUCGGACGUCGAGGUGAACGAGGUCGAUACCGACUCGAGGAACAGCCUAGCCCAGCCCAUGGAUCUGACCACGAAGCCGGCCCUGCAACCGUUAGCCACCUCCAUGCCGCAGAGAGCUAGACCAGCUGACAUAUUGACCCCAGUUUCGGAACCCGUGCUGUUGCAAACGAUAGUCCAGACCAUGGAAAGAUUACCGAUACAGGGCAGAGAGUGGAAACCUGACGCGGAAGGGCACAUGCUGCAAGCGUAUCUCACCGAAAGGCACGUGAUGGAUAGCAAGAUCAAACAGCAGUAUCGGGUGGGGAACACGAAAAUGGAGAAACAGUCGAAAGAGAGGGAUAUUUACCCGCAACAAUCCUCCCCGAAGUCGAGGAACGUGGAGCUAGAGGGUAUACCCGCGACCACCUUCACCGACCCUAGUAAGAUACAGAUGACGAUGCUGGAUUCGAGGAUCAAGCACGUGUCGAAACACACCACGGAGGAUAUCAAGAUGGAAAUUAGGGAGAAAAUUUAUCAGAACAACGUAGGGGUGGAUCGACGACCGUUCGACAUCGAGUUGAUGCAUAGGGACAAAGAGUUAUUAGGGAACCGUGCGAUUGUAGACAGAGAUAACUUCGAGCACAGUUUAGCGAGUCCUGUUAGCUUGAAAACCGGGGUAGAUUGUAAUUUGUCGAAGAGUAAUAGUUGUGUAGAGAGGUCGAAUUAUCCGAUAGAGCAUCCUCCUAGUACAAGCACGCCGCAAAGCGUGGAUCGUCAUUCUCCAAAGUCUUUCAACGUGGAUGGUAAUAAUCGGCUGUUAGCGAUACCACACUCGGGCAACGAUAUCGAUAGGAAUUCAAUGUACAAUUCGAUGAAGACGAUGAACGAGCUGGAAAGAGUUCGAGAAUGUCACGCGGUUAAUCAAGAGAUCAGAUCAAGCAAUCACGAGAUGAAGAACGUGUCGGCGGAUCUCCGAAUGCAGAGUCAGAGUACGCGGAAUUUAGACAUGAGACCGCCCAGUAGAGAAGUACGUGCGCCAUGCCAGGACUACAGGGGUCAAGUGCAAGACUUACGACCUCCCAAUCAAGACUACAAAUUGUGCAGACAAGAAUUGAGACCUCCUAGUCGGGAAUUCAAGCUUCCGAAUCACGAUAUACGCUUAAGCCAAGAUAUGCCGUCCUCGAACAACGUUGAGAUCAGACCGGCCAACGUGGAUAACAGGCCUCCGAGCAGGGAUAUGAUUUUAUUGCCGGAAUACAGACACGCACAGUCCCAGGAGCCGAGGGUUAAUUUUGAAAUGAUGUCGUUAACGAUGCACGAACCCUCUAAAAUGCACGAAGUCUCGAGACCGCAGAACGUUGACAUGAGGAACGUGGAUCGUAUAGAGAUGAAGCAUACAGAGAUGACGAAACAGAGUAUAGCUGAGAGCAUUAAGCACACGGUUGCACGGAAAAUGGUUGUCGGGGGACCCGGCUUCAGAUCACCUUCACCCACCGCGGGAACCACCAAACCACAAGCUGAGUUCUUGCAGCCUUCGAAUGGACCUGCACCUAAUUAUGUCAGUUACAGUGUGACUGAAGAUGGGAGAAGCGUCUGUGGAAUUUGUAACAAGGUGUUCAGCAAACCUAGUCAGUUACGGUUGCAUAUCAACAUUCAUUACUUCGAGAGACCAUUUAGAUGCGAAAGUUGCGCGGUUUCUUUUCGAACCAAGGGUCAUUUAACAAAGCACGAAAGAUCUGUAUCUCAUCAUAAUAAGGUUAGUAUGACUUCUACGUUCGGAGCUGCGACCACCAGCAAUCCUAGGCCAUUCAAAUGUACUGACUGUAAAAUAGCAUUCAGAAUACAUGGUCACUUGGCGAAACAUCUGCGUAGCAAAAUGCAUAUUAUGAAAUUAGAAUGUCUGGGGAAAUUACCGUUCGGAACGUAUGCUGAGAUGGAAAGGUCUGGUGUCAAUUUAAAUGAUAUUGAUACUACCGACUGUGAUAAUAGUCUUAAUAGUCUUCAGAUGCUGGCACAAAGACUUUGUGAAAAAGAUCCUACUAAAAUAGGACAGUGGGAUUCUGAAACGAUUCCAAGUCAGGUAAUCAGCGGUGGUGAAACUUCGUCGGACGAGGGCGAGCCUAUACCGCAACACGCGAUGCAUCCAUAUCCCGUGAAAGUGACAGACGCGGAUAUGGCUCGCUCGUACCAUGUGCCAAUCACGAACGAAGAUCCGAAAUCCGAUGUUCGCCUUGGGAAUGCACAGUUUACUCAACAGAGGCGCGAGUAUAGCGUGAAAGAAAGGUCGAGUCAACCUACGUUUACCAUAGACAAUACAAGGCCAGACGAAGUCAUACAAUCGUACAAAUGCCAAGUUUGCACAGUGUCUAUGCGUACUAUGAACGAGUUACAGGUACACUGCUUUGUUGAACAUAAUAUCGAAUCAGAUUCUAGUACAAAUACCCAAGGGGAUAGGGGCUUGAACAAGUGUAGAGAGAAAGAGAAUACUCAGAAAAGAAUUACGGAAGAAACUGUAGUCAAGGAAGAUCACAAUAGACAAAAGAUCGAAGACACAUAGUGCCAAAAUAAUGCAGCGAACUAUAGACAAUCUGCGGUGAAGUUGUUUCAAAGAAUUCGUAGCCGUAACCGAUAAAAUAGCUGUAGUAACAAAAUACCAUCGCCUUUCGAAGGAAAUUUCUCAAGAGACAUUCUCAUUAACUACUAAUAUUGUUUGCUGUGACUAAGAAUUACAGCAAAUUUCUUCCGAGAUGCCAAAAGGUGUGGUUUAAUUAUAUUAAAAAGAAGUUCUACAUUAUGGUAAUGUACAGCAAAUAUUAUCAAGAGAAAUGAUUACUAUUAUAAUGAAAUUCUGAUUUAUUUAAUAUUUAUUU